CAUGAACUACCUAAUCCUUGGCAGUCUCCUAAUCGUAUGUGUUUCUGGUCAAGGUUGGCAAUGGAAUCCAUUCAACCAAUGGCAACAACCAGCUGCACCAGCAUGGCCACAACAUCAAUGGGGAGCUCCAGCUGGAUUUGGAGCACAGCCACAGACACAGGCUGUCGCUGGACCAGCUCAACACGGAGUCACAAAUGCCGUUCAGGAUCGUAUCCAAUUAAUCUAUGGAGUUCCUGGAAGACGUAAUGCCAAUCAAAAAUUGAGAGUGUGCUGUAGAUCUUUGAAGGACGCCGAUGUGGAUUGUAGAAGAAAAUAUUGCGAUUUUGAUGCUUUCAGACCAGACCAGGUUCUUGGCUUCCUCGGUGAAUGCUCUCCAAAGGGUCCAACAGUCGGUCAAAUGUGGGAUUGUGCAUCUUCUCGUGCUGACCAUACUGCUUGCUGCCAGCGUCAAGGCGUUAUUCCAGGAUGUAUGGCUUACUGUGAAACUACCAAAGGAGUACCUACUGAUUACUUGAAAUAUGCUCUCUGCAUUGGACAAUUUGAUAGAAUCCGAUACUGCUUCCGUGAGCAUCUUGAAGGACAUCCAAAUAUUAAGGGAGACUCUUAAAGAGUUUUGGAAUCGAACAUUUGUCACUGCUUUAUUAUAAUGCUAUCUGCCUUGUCUUUCAGUAUCCAUGUGUGUUUUUCGAUAUUUAUCUGUAAAUAUAAAUAUUCUUCACAGUAAUUGUUCUAAUAAUAAAGUUUGAAACAAA